ACGCGCUCCAGCCACUCCCUGCGCCCGGCAGUUGGUGAGCUCUCCAAUCCAUCAGGAGCUCCAGUCAGUGCGCUGAGAUCCGGAUGAGCGAGCCGCUUUCAGCCUCAUCCAGCUCAAGUUCAGCCAAAAACAGCCGGGAUAGGCUUGGGGAGUCCACUCCAGAGUUGGACAAUCACCCCGGGAUCAUAGUUUUGUCCGCGGAUUGGAUUUAAGACAAGGAGCAACCUCUUCAGAGAUAAAGCGAGGAGGGGACACCUGCAGCCAAGAUGGAGGUGAAAACGUCCCUUCUAGACAACAUGAUUGGUGUGGGGGACAUGGUCCUCUUGGAGCCCCUGUCUGAAGACUCCUUUCUGGAAAACCUAAAGAAGCGUUUUGACCACAAUGAGAUCUAUACCUACAUUGGCAGUGUGGUGAUCUCCCUGAACCCUUAUAGGUCUCUUCCCAUCUACACGCCAGACAAAGUGGAGGAGUAUCGCAACAGGAACUUCUAUGAGCUUAGUCCUCACAUAUAUGCUUUGGCAGAUGAGGCCUACCGUUCACUGAGGGACCAGGACAAAGACCAGUGUAUCCUUAUCACAGGGGAAAGUGGAGCUGGGAAAACAGAGGCUAGUAAGCUGGUGAUGUCAUAUGUGGCGGCAGUGUGUGGGAAGGGCCAGGAGGUGAAUAAGGUCAAGGAACAGCUGCUGCAGUCCAAUCCCGUGCUUGAGGCAUUUGGAAAUGCAAAAACUGUGCGGAAUGACAACUCUUCACGAUUUGGGAAAUACAUGGACAUCGAGUUCGACUUCAAAGGAGAUCCGCUGGGUGGAGUCAUCAGCAACUAUCUGCUGGAGAAGUCACGGGUGGUGAAACAGCCGAGAGGAGAGAGGAACUUCCACAUCUUUUAUCAGCUCCUGUCUGGAGCCUCAGAUGAUAUGCUCAAGAAGCUCAAGCUGGAGCGAGACUUCAGCAAGUACAACUACCUGAGCCUGGACUCUGCUACAGUCAGUGGGCUGGAUGAUGCAGCCAACUUCAGGACAGUCAGAAAUGCAAUGCAGAUCGUUGGAUUCAUGGAAGAUGAAAUGCAGUCAGUGCUGGAGCUGGUAGCUGCUGUUUUAAAGCUGGGAAACCUUGACUUCAAGCCAGAGUCGCGUUGUAAUGGUAUGGAUGAGAGUCGAGUGAAAGACAAAAAUGAUUUGAAGGAGAUGUGUGAGCUGUUGGGAAUCGAGCAGUCUGUACUGGAAAGGGCCUUCAGCUACCGAACAGUUGAAGCCAAGAUGGAGAAAGUUUCCACCACGUUGAAUGUGGCCCAGGCUUACUAUGCCAGAGAUGCACUUGCCAAAAACCUCUACAGUCGCCUGUUUAGCUGGUUAGUGACAAGGAUUAAUGAAAGCAUACGAGCCCAGGCUAAAACUCGCCACAAAGUGAUGGGUGUACUGGACAUCUAUGGCUUUGAAAUAUUUGAGGACAACAGCUUUGAGCAGUUUAUCAUCAACUACUGCAACGAAAAGCUGCAGCAAAUUUUCAUCGAGCUGACCUUGCGUGAGGAGCAGGAAGAGUAUGUUAGAGAGGGCAUUGAGUGGACAAACAUUGAAUAUUUCAACAAUGCUGUUAUAUGCGAUCUUAUUGAGAAUAACCAAAAUGGCAUUCUGGCCAUGCUGGACGAGGAGUGCCUGAGGCCUGGGACGGUCACUGAUGAGACCUUCUUGGACAAACUGAACACAAUCUGCGCUGAACACCAGCACUUUGAAAGCCGCCUAAACAAGAAUUCAAAAUUUCUAAAUGACCACAGCCUGCCACACAACUGCUUCCGCAUCCAGCACUAUGCCGGCAAGGUGUUGUACCGUGUCGAAGGCUUUGUUGACAAGAACAACGACCUCCUUUACCGGGACUUGUCUCAGGCCAUGUACAAAGCUAACCACAGCCUCAUCAAACAGCUGUUCCCUGAAGGAAAUCCUGCAAAAGUCAACCUUAAACGACCACCAACUGCUGGAUUCCAGUUCAGAGCAUCUGUUGGCACACUAAUGGGCAAUCUGCAAACAAAGAACCCAAACUACAUUCGGUGCAUCAAGCCUAAUGACAAAAAAGCAGCCCACAUCUUUACUGACUCCCUGGUCCGCCAUCAGGUGCGCUACCUAGGCCUGAUGGAGAACGUCCGUGUAAGGAGAGCAGGAUAUGCCUUCCGCCAGGCCUACGAGCCCUGUCUUGAGCGCUACAAAAUGCUCUGCAAAAACACCUGGCCACACUGGAAGGGGCCUGCCAGACAAGGAGUUGAGGUGCUGAUGACUGAUCUGCAGGUUCCAGCAGAAGAGUUUGCUUAUGGCCGCUCCAAGAUCUUUAUCAGGAACCCAAGAACGCUCUUUUUCCUGGAAGAGAAGAGAAAGCAAUGCCUGGAGGACCUUGCAACACUAAUUCAGAAGAUCUACAGGGGCUGGAAGUGUCGCAGCCACUUCCUGCUGCUGAAAAAGAGCGAGAUAGUGGUGGCGGCAUGGUACCGCCGAUACGCUCAACAAAAGAAGUACCAGAAGAUCAAGCAUUCUACCACCGUGGUGCAGUCCUACACCAGAGGAUGGCAGGCUCGGAAACUCCUGAGAGAGCUGAAGUAUCAGAAGAAAUGUGAAGAAGCUGUGACCACCAUUGCAGCCUUCUGGCAUGGCACACAGGCUCGGAUGGAGCUAAGGCGUCUAAAACAAGAAGUGCGGAAUAAACACGCUGUGACAGUAAUUUGGGCAUACUGGCAGGGAACCAAGGCCCGGAGAGAGCUACGUAAACUGAAGGAGGAGGCAAGGAAUAAACAUGCAGUGUCGGUCAUUUGGGCCGGCUGGCAGGGCACCAAGGCUCGCAGGGAGCUCAGGAGGCUGAAGGAGGAGGCCAGGCGCAAGCAUGCCGUCGCUGUGAUAUGGGCCUACUGGCAGGGACUGAAGGUCCGCAGAGAAUACAGAAAGUUCUUCAGGGCAAAUGCAGGAAGGAAGAUCUAUAACUUCACCAUCCAGAGGAUUAUGCAGAAAUACUUCCUCGGGCUGAAGAGCAACCUGCCCUCCAUGUCCCCAAUAGACAAGAGCUGGCCUGCCAGGCCUUAUUCGUUCCUGGAGGGAGUCCAUGCUGAGCUUCGGAGGAUUUUCCAUCUCUGGAGGUGCAAGAAAUACAGGAGCCAAUUCACAGAAGAAAAAAAGGCAGUUUACGAAGAGAAGCUGGAGGCAAGCGAGCUCUUCAAAGAUAAAAAGGCUCUCUACCCAAGCAGCGUGAGUCAGACUUUCAAAGGAGACUACCUGGAGAUGGUCAAGAAUCCAAAAUAUCAGAAACUUAGCAGCGCCAUAGAUGAGAAGAUUCUGCUGGCCGACGUGGUCAACAAGAUAAACAGGGCCAACGGGAAGAGUUCACCUAGACUCUUUCUGCUAACCAAGAAGAGCGUUAUUCUGGCUGACCAGAAAACGGGGCAGGUCAAGACUAGCCUUCCUCUGCCAGACCUCUCCAGUGUCUCGACCAGCACUCAGAGUGAUGGCUUCUUUGCUCUCAAACUGAAGGAGGGGUCAAGUUCUGCUGUCAAAGGGGACUUCUUGCUAAGCAGUGAUCACCUGAUUGAAAUAGUCACCAAGCUGCAUCGCAUCAGCUCGUUGGCUGCAGACAGGGAGAAGCUUAAUGUUGACAUCUCAGACGAGUUUUUGGUGCAGUUCAAACAGGACAAAGUGUGUGUAAAAUUCAUCCAAGGCAGUCCCAAAAACGGCAACAGUGUGUCUUGCAAACGCAAAAACAACCGCCUGCUGGAAGUGUCUGUACCCACAUCGCCAUAAAGUAUAAAGGGAAGACUUGUCACCUAAGUUAUCUGGACUUGACAAUCACCACCCUUGUGCCAACCCUGAGCCCAAACACGGGCUUUUAUCUGACUUGUGGUGUUCCUUAUCAGAUUUACCAUGGUACCACUAUAGCUGUAAUAAUGGCUUCAAUUUUGGGGGGCAAAGAAAGCCCUCACUAAAGGGUUGCAUGCCACAGAAACUUGGUGUUAAAGAGCUGAUGCCAGAGUUCACACAACUUUUGAAUACUCGACGCGGUGACUCCUUUUCCAUGGUAAAUUAGUCUUCAGAGAAUAUGUCAAAAGAACUAAUAGAAGAGCUUGAGCCUCAAAUGGUUCAGACUCAUCUGCUUUUAAGCUGCUCUGAUGCUGGCAAGAAAGAUGGCUUAAAAAUAUGAGAUGAGCUUUGACACAGGAUUUGGGCUCAAGUCUGUCACAUUUAGUUAUUUGACAAACCUGAAUACUGCACUUGCUUUUGCCUCUAACAAUCUGAGGUCCUGACCCAAAAUUGCAUUGAUUGUAUGUUUUUUCUUGUAUUACAGCACAGAGGGCAGUUGUGAUAAGUAAACUGUAAUUUGCUAAAUAAUUGUAGAACACUUUGUAUUCAAUCCUAUGUGCCAUUAAACAGGUGUAAACGCAUUACUAUACGAGUGAUGAUCCUAUUUAUAUUGAUGCCAAAAAUAAAAUGGUUUUGAUUGCACUACACAUGAUCAAAUGCAUUUCCUCUUCCCACUACAGCCAUCGGUGAAUUUCUAGUCAUUAUUCAAUCUGAGUAAAUGUUUACUGGAUUUAAGUUAACGGAUAUUUCAAGCAGAAAAAAACAUUAGGCCUGGUUGAACCAACAUUGGUUCCAAAGAUUUUUUCCCCCAAAGAAAGGUUCCUCCCAAACCAUUGAUACCAUUGCAAAUUUUGUGUGCAAUAUUGUGUUUAUCUUUCUGACAGUACCCUUUCCUGUGCCAUAAGCUGUAUAUAGCUUUAUAGGAUGUAGUAAUGACAUGGACACGGACAUUAGAUUCUUUAUUUUAAUAUGCAUUACUGCUGCAGAUGUUUUUUGCCACUACAGCUUUAGUUAUUGUAAUCUUUGAACCACUUUGGCUUGCAUUUUACUUUACAAGGGAACAGACCAAAUUUGUAUUUGAGGAGUUUUGAUGUGGGGUAAAAUGGUUAGAAGCAUUGGAUAUUUUACAAUAAACUCUUUGCAUAUUCAUUUAACACAAAUCUCGUUGGACCGGGAGGCUUAAUCCGUUUGUUAGCAAAGAGGGACCAAAACCAAAUUAUACCUCUACUUAUUAAAAACCCUUUAGCCCUUCAAGCUUACAGUUUAUGGUAGUGAUGUUAAAUUGUGAUGUUUGAUUUGUAUUAUCCAAAAAACAAAACAAAGGAUUAAUUACAAAGGAAAUUACGGUUAUCAGAUGGAACACCAGUAAUCCUAAUAGUGUAAAAACUGAAAUUUAUAGUUUCAAUUUAACCCCUUAUUAUAAAUUUGUUCACAACUCUGUGCUAUUUUUACCAACACAAACUGAUCAGGAAUAUGAUUGAAAACUGCUGUGGCUAUUGUACCACCCAACCAUGUUACCUGUGUGAUUAUACCAUGGAACCCUGUUUUAAAGCUUUAACUCUUAUAAGACAAGCUGUUGGCUCUAGCCCUUAUUUGAUUCUGGAGGGUAACGCUAACUGUCUGAAAUGGGCCAAGACCAAAGAAGACUAGUAUCAUCUCUACUACAAACUCAAAAACAAUUGACCAAUGUACAGUAUGCUAGUGUAACCUUGAUAAACUUUAAAACAUAUUUGCAUUGAUGUCACAUUGAAGCAUAUGAUUGUGACAAGCAUAGAGUCUCUCAUUCCUCUGUCUCUUGUCAAAAUGAAUCACUAUUCUGCAACAAUCUGUCCAAAUCAGACAUAAAACGGUGUAGGUAUAAUUAUUUUUUCACAGUAUUACACAAAUCCUGAGCUAAUCUGGCAUUCUUAUACUAAAUGAAGAAGCUAGUUGAGAAAACUUCUGACUUGUUGACAAAUUCUUUAUCUAAAGAGUUUUACCCGUUUUGUUUUUUUGUACACAUUCCAAGUGGACGAUUGACAGAAAGCAAAGCUGAAUUUAGAGCAUCUUAGAAUGCAAUAAUUUAUUUUUAUGCAUGUCCAUAAGAUGAAAUGCCAGAAUAGUUUGUCUGGUCUUGGGGUUCAAUUUUUUUUUUUUUUUUUCUUUUAGUCAUGUAGAGUCGGGUGUAACUUUCAUGGAGAGGGGUGAUUGCGCUGAUGGGUUUUCUUCAACUUUGUUGUUUAUAUUGUAACAUCUUUGCUCCUCUUCAUAAAUAAUCUGUAUUUAAACAGUGGCUAGAGCUGCAAAAUGUCUGCAUUCUUGUGUGCCUAAUGUUAACCCGUGUUAAAACAGAACAUGGAAAAACAAUAUUUUAGUAGAACUCAUUGUAACAUUUGCAGGUAUUUUUAAAUUAAUAAAGAUCAACAAUAA